AUGAUGUCCUCGACACCUCCAAGCGGGCCGCCCAGCCCAACCCUCUUCGUGACGGGCCUUCCCGUUGAUUGCACCGCUGAGUUUGCCAAGUCAAUCUUCGGCCAGUACGGCAUUGUGAAGGAUGCAAGGAUGCUUCCAGUCGCUCCAGGCAAGACCGCGGCGGCGGCAGUUGUGGUGAUGACCACGGCAGAUGAUGCGAAAUGGAUUGUGGAUCACGUCAACGGCAACGUCCCACAGAGCCUCACCCAGCCUGUCACAGUGACCUUCAAGUUCAAGGGCAAGGGCUUCGAAAAAGGUUUUGGCAAGGGCAUGGACCUCAGUGCCCUGAGCGGCCUGGCUGCGGGCCUAGGUGGUGGCAUGGGCGGAAAGGGCGCGGAGGACGGCAACAGCAAUGCCAAUCCAGCUGUGGCGGGCUUGUUGCAGCUGCUUGUUCCCUUGGUUGGGGCUGUGGCUGGGAUGCAGGGAGGUGGCAAGGGAGGAUGGGUUCCGCCAAAGCCGCCCCCAGGCCAGCAGAUUUGCCGGUACUUCGAGGCUGGCAUGGCGUGUCCUCGCGAUGGCUGCACCUUCUGGCAUGGGGACUCCAACGGAGGCGCGGGCGCUGGCAUGGACACCGGCAUGGGCAACGGCAUGGGCAUGGGCAUGGGCAAGGGCGCAGGUCCACCUAUGGGAAAAGGAGCGCCUUCUUACAAGACGCGCAUGUGCGACUUCUACAUGCAGGGCAAAUGCACCUGGGGAGAGAACUGCAAAUUUGCGCAUUAUCCAAAUGAGCUAAUCCGGUGA